CGGGAGUCGCGCGGCGCUUCGGGGGUGGGCGGCGCUGGCCUGGCGGAGGCGCCCCCCCUUCCCCCCCAACGGAGAUGAGGGAGGCAGCUACCCGCCUCACCCCCCGGGGUGCCGGCAGCACAGGGGGGCAGGCUGGGGGCGGUGCGGGAAGCCUGAUCCCCCCGGUGCCGAGGACACCCCCUCCCUGGCUGCCCCGGGGGAGAGCUGCUCCGCCCUCCCCCCAGGAGUGGGGUAACGGGGGGGGGUGUCAGUGCCCCGAUCCCAGGUGCUGGGGUCCUGACAGUGGGGAGGUUGUCUGAGCCCAAAUGUCUCCUAUCCCUGAACCGCUCUGAGCCCCCGGGGGCUGCUGGGCAAAGCCCACUGCACUCUGGGGAGGGAAGGGGGAAAUUUUUCCCUUUGUGGAAGGGGCAUGGAGUUCCCUUUGCCACGCGUGACUGACUUGGCGUGGGUGGAUGGGUGAACUAGGUGAGUGGCAGGGUUUAACCCCCCCUCCCCCAUGACUCGUCCCCCCUCCUCCCUCUCCCCCCCCCUCCCUGUAACCUCCAAAAGGGGAAUUUUCCAGCUGGUAAUUUCUGCUGCGUCAACACCCAGCUCAAGGGAGAGGAGAGGAGACAAGGGGGCAUUUUAACAGCAGCUCCACUUGCAAAUAACAAGCCUGAAUUCUGGCUCCAGAAUUAAAAACCUUUCCACCCCCAAAAAAUCAGCAUCUGUGCAAGUUGGACCAAGAGUUUGUCAAGAGUGUGGUUCAAAACUGCUUGGAAAAAGGGAUGAGUUACAGGACAGUUGAUGAACCUUCCAAAGCCUAUUACCAGAAACGCUUUCCCUCCGUUCAUUAAAACAUGUAUGGUAUACCAUGACACCUCGUGGCAUUUAUCUUUACUAAAGAAAACAAUUUUCAACUAUUGAGUCUGUGGACGAGAAAACACAAAGAUUCCCAAAUGAAUAACCGAAAGGAAGAUAUGGAGAUUGCCUCCCAUUACCGUCAUCUGCUUCGUGAGCUCAAUGAGCAGAGACAGCAUGGCAUCCUCUGUGAUGUUUGCAUUAUAGUGGAGGGGAAGAUCUUUAAGGCUCACAAAAAUGUUCUGCUCGGGAGCAGCCGCUACUUCAAGACUCUUUACUGCCAGGUGCAGAAGACAUCUGACCAGGCCACAGUCACUCAUUUAGACAUUGUAACUGCACAGGGCUUUAAAGCCAUCAUUGACUUCAUGUAUUCUGCACACUUAGCAUUGACGAGCAGAAAUGUCAUUGAGGUGAUGUCAGCUGCUAGCUAUCUUCAAAUGACUGAUAUUGUACAAGCUUGUCACAAUUUCAUAAAAGCAGCUCUUGACAUAAGUAUAAAGUCUGAUGCCUCAGAUGAUCUUGUUGAUUAUGAACUUGGGGCUGCUUCCAGCAGUAGUACAGAUGCUUUGAUUUCAGCAGUGGUGGCUGGUAGGAGUAUUUCUCCGUGGUUAGCUCGACGAACAAGUCCAGCGAACUCUUCUGGAGAUUCGGCCAUUGCUAGCUGUCAUGAAGGAGGGAGCAGUUAUGGAAAAGAGGAUCAGGAACCAAAAACAGAUAGCCACGAUGACAUUUCAUCCCAGUCUCUUUGGUCCAGUGACAUGGGCUAUGGGUCUUUGCGUAUCAAAGAGGAGCAAAUUUCACCAUCUCACUAUGGAGGGAAUGAAUUGCGUUCUGCCAAGGAUAGUGCAAUACAGAACAGUUUCUCAGAACAAGGAGCAGGGGAUGGCUGGCAACCCACUGGACGCAGAAAGAAUAGAAAAAAUAAAGAAACUGUGCGUCAUAUUACACAGCAAGUAGAGACUGACAGCCGGGCAAGCUCUCCAGUGCCAUCUUUUUUAUCUGCCUCAGGAUGGCCAUACAACAGUCGUGACUCAAGUGCUGAUGUGACAGAACCCAGCAAUUCGGAUAGCCGAGUGGAGAGAUCAGACCUUUACACAAAUGUUGAUGAAGCACUCCUAGGAGGUGAUGCUAGCUACCUAUCUCAGCCUCUUACCCCGGAGAAGGAUGAUGCACUUCAGGCUGCGACAGUUGCUAACCUGCGCGCAGCCCUCAUGAGUAAGAACAGCUUGUUAUCUCUGAAAGCUGACAUGCUGGGAGAGGACAGUUCUCUGCUAUUCGAGUACUUACCCAAAGGCACACAUUCUUUAUCUCGGCCUGGUGCCAACUUGAAUCGUUCAAGGGGCGAAUUUGAUGGCAAAGUGGAAGCACCAUCUCCCCUGCUGCCUUCAUCACACCUUGCCACUCAGAGCCCCCCUGUGAUCUCCUGUUCUGGUGAAAUGUCACCAGACACCAUGAUAAAAGGAAAGCUGUCUUCCUCGGCUCAGGCCCCCUGUGAUGGAUUUUUAGCACUGUGGCAGUUUGACAACUCUGACACAGUAAACGAAUUCACAGUCAUCAGAAAAAAAUUCAAGUGCCCAUACUGCAGUUUCUCAGCCAUGCAUCAGUGUAUCCUGAAGAGACACAUGCGAUCCCAUACAGGAGAAAGACCCUAUCCUUGUGAAAUCUGUGGGAAAAAAUUCACACGCAGGGAGCACAUGAAACGGCACACCUUGGUCCACAGCAAAGAUAAAAAAUAUGUAUGCAAAGUGUGCAACAGAGUGUUCAUGUCUGCCGCCAGCGUGGGAAUUAAGCAUGGUUCCCGACGCCAUGGAGUUUGUGUUGAUUGCUCUGGUCGAGGCAUAACAGGCCACUUAGAUCAGAAUGGAGGAGAAGGAUCUCCAGAUGAAUUGUAUCCUGGUGAAGGCCAGUACAUGGAGGAUCCAGAUGACAUGAAGGUGGAGGGAGAUGAAGAGAUGGGGGAUGAUGAUGAUAUAAAAUGGAAAGAUGAUGUAGGAAUUUCACAAGAUGAUGUGAUUCUAGAAGAUGACAAAGAAGAUGUCGACUCUCCACAGGAGCAAGAGAACUCUGGAGAGAAUGACAAGGAUUUUACUUGGAUUUCUUAGGGAAACGGGGAAGGUUUUGUUUGUAGGGGGAGGGAGGGAAGACAGAGUGUGCUGGGAAAAACUAAGUAGCCUUGUUGUUGUCCAUGUGUGCAAAAGAGUUGUUUGUGGGUUUUUUUAAAACAAACAAGUCCUUUAUCUGUACCAUUCAGAUACUGUAUUAGUAAGUGUCACUUUUAGUGGCAUCAGUUACAUCCCUUCCCCUUCUCCCCCAUGGAAAAAUACGAUUGUCUGUCUUUGCCUCUCUGUGGGAGCAAAUCAGAUUGCAUGCAAGUGACGUAAAGUUUCUGAAGAUGUGAGCACUGUGAGGGGGGAGAGACUAGGAGACAGUGUAAAGCGUGUGUUCCUUUUAUAAACCUUCCCCACCCUGAAUUAAAUACCAGGGAGGUUUUGCGUCCCAAACCAUUUUUUUUUAAGUUUUGUUUGUUCUAAAUUCACAGCAGCAGUGGACUUACUUACAGACUAGUAUCAUGUAAAUAAACUGACCUGUAUGUUUGAGGGCUUCUCCAUAUAACCCAAGCCUUUCACAAAGAAUUAAUUUAAAUAUUUAAUUUUUUUAAUUUAUAUCUUUUUUUUUUUUUAAUGGAGCCUGUUAGAUCAAACAGCAAUUCAGGCUGCAGCCUUAAGAGCCACUUUCAUAACAUGGGGUCUUAACUCCCAAAUAGUCCAUCAGGUUAAAGAUCAUGAAAUUACUUGGGCCCACUGGCAUCUUAACAGAAUCCAGUUUUCCAACCUUGUUUAGUUACGUUAUGUGAAAUGAGUGGUGGUGUUUCCAUAAGAUUUCUUUUGUUAUAAAAGACGCAUAUAGUUUAGUACCCAGUUGCUUGGUUUACAUGAAAGUUGUCACCUUUCUCCCUUAGGUGUCAACUAACUGCCUUUUUCAUAUUUAUGUGUAAAUUUUAGUAAAUAUAAGUCAUUUAGCAAAAUGAAUUACAAAUUGUGAUAACUUAAGAAACUAGGGGAGAAAUCCUGGUUCUGAAUUCAAGAUUUCUCCCAAGUUAUAUUAUUAUUCAUCCUUGCCAAGCUAAAACAGUCCUACUUAAUUUGUAAGUGUAGUCCGGAUAUUUAAUUGACUAAGUAAAAUUUCCUUUGUUUCAGCCAGGCUGGUUCCGGGUAAGUAAACCUUCUCUUUUAGAGAACCAGAUUUCUCCACUAGAGCAUCUCCUCUUUCAGUAGAGUUUACAUGGGUGUGUUCCAAAUAGUUCAGUUCAUAUUGGCCAUCGCUGCCUUCCUAUGACAAUGUUUAAAGAAAAAACUCAAUGAAAGUGUCCUGUUCAUAAUAAAAGCUUCUGCUGUACCUUUCACCUGUAUGCUUUUGGUGCUUAAAAAAAAAAAAAAAGCUGAAGACCUCACUGUUUUCUUGCUAUGGAGCAGACUUUUAUAUAACCUGUAUGAAUAUGGUGAUCUUGAAACCUGCCACAAAUAAGCAACCAGUUAAAUCUAGGAAGCCAAAUGAUUAAAAGGUGCUAUUUUUCCCCCAAUUGUGGGAAAGGCAAUUUCUUGUGGGAAAAGCAUAUAAGUCCUUGCAGUUUAAUUUUAACAAAUGGAAAGCAUGGUUCUCCCCAAAUUUUGGGACUCCACUCACAGUGGUUUAUACUUUCACAUUGUGCAAAAGCACCAGAGUUCUUGCUGUUCAAGUUUGGUACUUGUCAGUAAUUUGGAAAAAUGUUUUUCUAAGCCAAUCCAUGUUCUUAAAUCUACUGUUAGCUCGAAGCAAAGCUCUGUCAUCACUUGUCUACACUGCUGCUAAUAUUUAGGAUUGAGAAAGUUACCCGACAAAAAUGGACAACCAGAUUCUUUAAAUAUUCAAGGAAUAGUGGGGGAAGGUCAUAUAAAACCAUUUUUAUGAAACUGUAAAAAGCUGUUUUUGCAUUUUAGCUUGUUGUAAAGCCCUAUAACUGUGUUUAAAAAAACCCCAAUAUUUUAAGAUUGGACCUUUAUAUCCCUUUUUCUAAGUGCAAAAGAAAUCAGCAGCUGUGUCCACUCUGUGUUGAUCAUAAAACCAGGCCAUUGUUUCAUGAACUUGACUGCUUUCACCUGUCAGAUAUGCAGGCUGUGGAUUUAUUGCCAUUUAUUCUGUAAAUAUUACGUUUUUUCCCUAAACUUCCAGCAAUCACUUGUUACAUGUAGACAAAUACAUACAGUACUUUAAAGAUACCUGUCGCUUGGCUUUUUAUAUAUUAAAUCUAUUUAAAAACGGAGAAAGGAGAAAAAACCCAAAACCACAAACCUUCAGUUUCUACAUUCCAGUUUUGGUCCACCCUGACUCCACUAUACAGAUUCACUAUCUUCAGCUAGUACGUUUUAGGGAGAAACACAAGGUAUUGAUCCUGAGUUGACUUUUUCCCUUGUCCCUGCCCCCCUUUUGGGCAAACUUGAUUUUGUAUUAAUAUUUUGGGGUGCUUAGCUUUAUUUCGUGUUUUAUUUGGAAAUAUUUUAUAUUGCCUUUCUCUUUCCUUUUCUUUUUUUUUUUUUAAAUGGUGGACAAUAAGCCAAAUGGCUUUCAUAAAUGUUUUCUACUAGUGCCACUUCUGUGCUCUUCAAACUGAGGAUGCAAAAAAAACCAACAAAACCCACAAAAAGCUAACUUGUUAUAAUGUUAAAAUUAUAAUAUGGCACAUGCGUCUAUAUUACUAAUUUACACUAAAUAAAUAUAUAUACCAAAUAAAUCAUUCUAAUAUGUGAUGUAUACUUUGAAGUGCUUUGUUUUUGAUGGAGGUGUGCAGAUUUGGAAAUUAAAAACCUUUCAGGAAUUUCUUUUUAAACUUUCACACCCUAUAGGGGUGAGACAUGGGAUUUUAUUUUUGAAAGACAGUGAGUUUUAAAACGGGGAUACUUUCUCUCAAAUGGAAAGGGAGGCUCUCUAUACAACUUUACCAGUUACUUCACUUCUGUGUUCUAAACUGAAAUCUGAAAGUGCACUAUGUUUAACUGCAGGGAUAAUCUCUGUAAAAAUGAAAAGAAAUCGGAUUUGAAAACAGGAAAUUAAGCAUGAAAGAGACCAGCAAUUUCCAGCUCCAUCCCCAGGCCCAAUCCCACAAAGACGUAAGCAAAUGCCCAACUUUGUGCAGGUGUUUGACUUUCUAAAUUUGGGGCGCCCGUUUAGAGUUUGCCAACCAUUGCUCACGUUUUUCUGUGUCCAGAUACUUGUGUAAUUUGCUGCCUAUAUAAAUUUCUAUCUUUGCUGUUCUGUGUAAAGAAAUUCUGCUUAAAUGUUGUUCUAUCCAACACUAGCUCAAAUAAUCUUUAGCAUCCGCUCUUCUAUUUCCCUUCAGGAAUUUGUAUAUUUUACUGAGGUUCCCUUUUUAAAUUUCAUUUUCUUUAAAAAAAUAAAUAAAAUAAAAUGCAGAUUUAAUUUCAGAAAACAACUCCCUUAAAAUGAAAAAUUAAGACAUUUGAUCUCAGUGGAAAUGUGGGUAAUUGUUAAAAAUGUUUUAUAUGUAAUGUGUAAUCACUGUACCCUGAAUCUUUCUUAUUCUCAUCUUUUUUAUAUAUAAAAUGGGGCCAGGACUAAAAAGAGCAUCUCAAAUGCAGCUUUGCUAAUUUCUCAUGCAGUUCAAUGAUUGAAUGCAUUUCUUCAGUUUUGUAUACACUAUCUAUGCAGCUCCGAAUAAAUACCUAAAGCAUGCUAAAUGAUGCAGUAGGUUAGACCUUUGUACAAUACUGCAUUAAAAGCUUUCUUGAACAAUACAGGCAACUUAGGUUCUUGGCUUCUCCUUCCUGUCAACUUUUUGUUUCUUUCAAAAAGUCUUUUUAAAAAAUCCUAAUUUAUAUAUAUUUGAGUAUUGUUUCUUUAUAUAUUAAAGUUUAAGGUCACCAUAAAACCUCACAAAGAUACAGAAUGAUUUUGCAGGGAGAUGAGAAGGGGGACAUGUCUCAUGAAGGUUUUCAAAGUGACUGGUUCUUUUUAAAAACAAAUAGUGUUUGGACUAUUAAAGGAAUAUUUUCUUAUCAAACGGAAACCUACUUUAGCAUUAGGUCUCAUUUUAUGUUUUGUAUCUUGAAUUAUGCCUUUAAAUGUUCUGCAACUCCAAAGUGAAAAUCGCAUUCAGUUGACUAUAUAUGUAUGUAUGUUUGGGAAUUUAUUACUCUGGGUUAUGUGUCAAACUCUUGUUCCUGACAAAGUUAUAUAUUUUGACUCUCAAUUUGCAGUAGAGCAUUGGGUCAAACACUGCCAUCUUUGACUAGGCACCUCUGUGAAAAAGAUCCACCUUAAUGCUUCCAAUUUUGCACAUCAUCCUUUAAAAAAAAAAAAAACCUCCAAGAAAAUGCAAAAACUGGAAUUUUUUGCAAUAUUAUGAAAGAUAAUCUUAUUUUAGCUCAUUCUGUGACAUGUGCAACUCUUAAGAAAGCCAUACUUAAUGGUUUUUUUUAUUUUUAGAUUCUAUAUUGUGUUUUGGAUUUCUGCCUUUUUUUAGAAUUUCUGCAUAGUAAGAGUGCUGUGUGUAUGCUUUCAUAUAUAUUUAUUUUUCAACAUGCUUUAAACCUGUCUACAAAAAUAAAACUAAAAAUAACAAAAAAACACCAAGACAGUGUUUGAAGAUUGUUGACUAUUUUUUUUGCUGGGAAUAUUCUAUAUUAUACUGACUUUAUAUUAAUUAUUAUAAACCUGUGUUUGUAUUGGAGAUGUGUUUAAUAUUUUGGGGAGGUGGGGAGAUUUUAGUAAUCAGAAGUCAGUGGGAGAACAUGACUGUGUGUUGUACUGAUUUUCUGUAAAUGUAGUUCAGGUAAAUAUUACCUUAUUUUCUAGUUGAUCUCACAGUUUCUUGUCUGCCUAGGCAUGCCAAAGGUAUGCCUAUUGAUUAUGAUUACUUUAUGUGAUGGGAUUAGCUUAGACAUACUUGCAAAAAUCAAUCAGUUUCAAUAAAUUGGGAAAUUGCUGCUAAAA